AUGGUAGCUCUACGAAUGCCCAGAUUGAAGAAAUGCUGUUGUUGUUUACCUUUGAGAAUCGGGUCACUCUUAAUUGGAUAUGGUUCUAUAAUAUUUUCACUGCUCUCCAUAAGCGCCACAUCUUUGUCUCUCUACAGAGUGAUUGUAUUCGUUCAAAAUCACGAGAAUGAACCGGUGCCUGGCCACACGCCUGAAGAUAUGGGUAGAGUCGCCCAGAGCCUUUACAUUUCUCACGCAUACCUUUUAUUGGUGUAUUUAUAUUACCUCAUUAUAAGCUUAUUCCUUAUUGUUGGGAUUCAUAUGAAAAAACCAAUCCUGAUGAAAACCUACUUCAAUAGUGGAUUAUUCUUGCUUAUACUAGCACUGGCAACAGUUGUUGUUUCUACCGUAUUUCUACAUUUUGGUGCAACGAUCACGUUACUCGUGUGGUGUGUUACCAUUUUCUACUGUCUCCUAGUGGUGCGCAACGCUUACUUAGAAAUCGAAGAACAAAAUAAACCGAGAGACUUUGAAAUGCAAAAUCUCUACAUUCCUCACCGAGCGCCGCUUUUAUUGUGA